CUCCCACAUGAUCUGAAAACGCCAAAUAUAUUUUGUCUCUACAAGUUAACAACCCUACAUCGAUUGUAGUAAAUGCUAUCUCGUUGAUCUUCUUCAAUAAAUUAUCCAUAGACCAUAAUCAUACACUAUUAUUCCUUUUUCAUUUUGGCUACCUGUAAGUGUCCCCUGCAUUCUUGAGAAGGCAAUAAUGGAACUCAAACAAUUAUCCCAUGCUGACUGAUUGUGAACUCUCAUACCUAGAAACCAAAGGAAAACAGAGCAUCCCCUGUUUCUGGAUCUUACAAUGGCAGAGAUGAUGGGUUUUGUGAUGGAAUGGGCGGUGGGGCCGACGACGGCGGAGAGCAUGGGGCGGUUGUGGGGCACAGUCAAAGCUACAUUCUUGGCUCGGGGCGUGCGAUUGGGUCUGUUUAUUUGCUUGAUAAUGUCGACGAUGCUGUUCGUGGAGUGGCUUUACAUUGGGUUUGUUGUUGCAUAUGUCAAGCUGUAUAAGAAGAAGCCCGAAAAGAGGUACAAAUGGGAGGCCAUUCGGGCCGACCCAGAAACUGGAAAUGCUGCUUUUCCUAUGGUUCUUGUUCAAAUUCCCAUCUUCAAUGAAAAAGAGGUUUUCAAGCUUUCGAUUGGUGCAGCAUGUAAACUCACAUGGCCUGCUGAUAGGCUGCUCAUUCAAGUCAUGGAUGGCUCCACCGACACUCUCGUCAAGGAAAUGGUGGAGAAGGAAUGUGUGAGGUGGGCAAGUGAGGGCAUUAACAUUAAAUAUCAAAGUCGAAACACAAGGGAAGGCUUCAAAGCCGGAGCACUCAAAGAAGGCAUGGAGUAUGGGUAUGUUAAAGAAUGCCAGCACGUUGCCAUUUUCGACUCUGAUUUUCAGCCCGACCCUGACUUUCUCCAACGUGCCGUCCCUUUUCUCCUUCACAACCCUGAUCUUGCUCUCGUUCAAGCCCGUUGGAGGUUUGUGAAUGCAGAUGAAUGCUUACUGACUAGACUGCAAGAAAUGUCUCUGGACUAUCACUUCAUAGCUGAGCAAGAAGUCGGAUCAUCUGUCCACGAAUUCUUCGGAUUCAAUGGAAGUGGUGGAAUAUGGAGAGUGGCAGCAAUGAAAGAGGCUGGAGGGUGGGAUGACAGAACCACUGCAGAAGACAUGGAUCUCGCCAUUCGAGCUGCCCUACAAGGCUGGAAACUUCUAUAUGUAGGAAAUCUUGAGGUGAAAAGUGAGCUUCCCUCUACUCUCAAAGCGUUUCGUUCACAGCAGUAUCGUUGGUUCUGUGGCCCGAAUAACUUGUUUAGGAAAACAAUGAUGGAUAUUGCUAGGAGCAAGAAAAUCUCAGUGUGGAAGAAGAUAUAUAUGAUAUACAACUUCUUUGUGGUCAGAAAGAUAAUUGGGCAUACUUGCAUAUUCUUUUCCUACUGCAUAGUGCUUCCGUUGACGAUUCUAGUAGCCGGGGUUGAUGUUCCAAAAGGCGGCGCAGUUUUUGUGCCGUGCAUCAUCACUGCCAUCAAUGUAGCCUUGUCGACUCCAAGGUCACUCCAUCUAGUUGUGGUUUGGGUGCUGUUCGAGUGUGUGAUGUCGUUCCACCUCACCAAGGCCAUAUUCACGGGCUUGCUGGGAGCGAAGAGCGCUAAUGAGUGGCUCGUCACUCAGAAGGUCGGAGAUAGUGCAAUGAGGAAGAAGAUUGAGAGUGAAGCAAGUGCUAAUGCACCAAAGAGAUCACUCUAUCAGCUUAUCAGAAGCAGAAUUUUGUUGAGCGAGGUGGGAUUUGGGAUGUUUCUUUUCAUGAGUGGAAUAUAUGGAUUCCUAUUUAGAAAUGAUUACUACUUCAUAUAUCUAUUCAUUCAAGCCUUCAUGUAUACAGUUGUGGGAUUUGGGUUCCUUGGCAAAAUAAUUCCCAUUUAUUGAUUUA